AUGAAUUUACGUGAAACAAGUACAUAUAAUACAUUAAUGAAAGCAUAUCUUGUUAAUAAUAUGCCAUUAAAAGUCUUAGAAUUAUUUGAACAAAUGAAACAAUCAGAUUUAAAUACAAUUGGAUUAUUAAGUUUUAAACCUGAUUUAAUUACAUUUAUGGCUAUUUGUGAUGCAUGUGAAAAACUUGGAUUAUUAAAUAGUCCAGAUAGUUCAUAUGAACAAUAUAAUUGGAAAAGAAUUUUUUCAAGAAUUUCAACAACAGUAAAAUAA